CGCCUUCCCUUCCCCCGUUCCCCGAGCGCCGGCCUCCAACCAACAAGGAACACCAGCCGACGCGUGAGCGCAGGCCGACGGUCCAGCCGCCGGACGAUGGGCAGCCUCGCCGGCGGGGUGGUGGCCAGGCGGCCGCGGUUCCUGUGCCUGCACGGGUUCCGGACCAGCGGCGAGAUCAUGCGGAAGCAGGUGGUGGGGAAGUGGCCCGCCGAGGUCACGGCGCGCCUCGACCUCGUCUUCGCCGACGCGCCCUUCCCCGCCGAGGGCAAGUCCGACGUCGACGGCAUCUUCGACCCGCCCUACUACGAGUGGUUCCAGUUCGACAAGGGAUUCACAGAGUACAGGAAUUUCGACAAAUGCCUGGCUUACAUCGAGGAGCUCAUGAUCAAAGAAGGGCCCUUUGAUGGGCUGAUGGGUUUCUCCCAGGGUUCGAUUCUAUCUGGCGCACUCCCGGGCCUCCAAGAACAAGGAUUGGCCUUGACUAGAGUUCCUAAGAUCAAAUACCUCAUAAUCAUAGGCGGCGCCAAGUUCCGCUCGCCUGCGAUAGCUGAUAAGGCGUACGCCAACAUGAUCAAAAUCCCCUCGCUUCACUUCCUUGGGGACAAUGACUUCCUUAAACCCCAUGGUGAACAGCUCAUAGAGUCAUUUGUGGAUCCAUUCAUCAUACGUCACCCAAAGGGCCACACGGUCCCAAGGCUUGUUGAUGAGACGAGUUUGGAAGUCAUGUCCCGUUUCCUUGACAAGAUGGAAAAGGAGAUAUCUGAACUUCCAUCCGCCGAGCCCAAGGCCGAAGCACCCGCUGAUGUUGACGAAAAAGAAAUUUGCAUCUGAUAUAGCACCGUGCCUGAAUACAUAAUCAAGUCCUUAUAUAGGCAAAUCAUACAGUUGUGACCUCCUUAGUUUCGUGUUGUUGCAAGUGUGUGAUUAUUCAAUAAUAAUUCCUGAA